GUUCCGGCUCAUCUUUUAUACGCAUUGUUUGCCGGCAAAGGCGCGAAAUACGAGUUUAAAACAAUAUCGGAUAAGAAUUUCAUCGCGUGGCAGUGCAAAUUAAACACAAAAAGGGAAUAGUCGACCACUUUUGAAAAAACUAAGUUAAAAUACAUAUAGGAUUUUACGUAAGAUUUCUAUAUACUAUACAUGGUUACCAAAUUUUUACAAAAAUUAGAAGUAUAGACAGAAAAAGUAUAAAUUCUCGUAUUCUUUGUGAAUAAAACUCAAUAACAAUCAACGAUGUUAUACUUCAUCUAUCUUGUAAAUUAAUUAAAAGCUUAAUUUAUAAUAAGCAUAAUAUAUCGAUGAAUCUAAGAUAAAUUAUUAUAUAUUUUAUUUUUAGAAUGUUCAUGCUAUUAGUUUAAAAACAAGUGCAACUUUUAUACAGAGAUGUGAAAUUGAGUAUUUGUGUCUUUGUGUAUUUGUGUUAUAAAUAUAUGGUUUUGAUAAACACAUAUUUGAUAAACACAAUAUAUACAUAAACAUAUACAAAAUAAACAGAUAUUGAACAAAAAUAUGAUAAUUAUACAUUCUUUUAAAAUUUAUAUAAGAUCUGUUUAGUUUAAUUUAUAAAAAUGCAUUGUAGAUUGUAUUAGACUCUCAUCUUUAUAUCUAAUAAAUUUUAUUUGGACCUAAUCUGUGUCAAACUGAUGUCUUUCCUGGCUAAGUCAGUUUUUAGGACAGCUUGUACGUUCAGUUUGACUCGGUUCGUUGGAGAUCAACGUUGUCUUCGGAGAAGAAGAUAACAGCAUCCUGCCUUUCUUGCUUGUUCUAUCAAUUCUCAUUUGACUAGAUUUUGACUGUCAGGCUUCAGUCAUUCCUAGCAAAACGCAUUGAAUUAAGCAGGUUUGAUCACGCAUGAUUCUUAUUUUAGAUUAUAAAUAUUUGUAAAAAGUAUUUCAUAAUUUGAGUAUAUUUUGAUAUCGUCUUGUAAUAUACACAUAACACUUAUAAUAUUAAGCAUAUAUCUUCACCCUUAAAAUUCUUAUUAAUGUGUUUUUAAUAUAUUAUGUAUAUGCAAAACUGUUACAUGUUCCUAUACAUUAUCAGAAUUAUACGAUUCAAAUAUUGUAUACAUAUGUACAUACAUAAAAAAUUGAAACAAUAACUGACAAACAGGAAAUUAUUGUUUUGUAACCAGUAAAUCGAUGUCUAAAAAAUUAAAAUUCUGACGCGCAAGAGUUAUAUGUAUAUGAACAUGUAACAAAUAACAAUUAUUAAUAAUAAAGUUAUCUUAUAAUAAGAAUAAUGUAAUGCACUUAUGUAAUGUAGAAAUAUAUUCACAAUUUACUAAUUCAGAGAAAUUUAUUCGUAUAUAGUUAUCAUGUGGAGAAUAAUAGCAUUGUUUAUUAUAAUCACGGGUCUAGCUGUUGCUAAGGUGACAUAUGAAAAUUACAAACUCUUCAGCCUUGUCCCGGCAUCACAAGCACAACUGAGCAUUCUUCAUUUGUUGAAACAUGAUGGAUCAUUUAAUUAUUGGCAAGAACCAAGUUUCAUAAACCAAGAAGUGGACAUUAUGGUACCCCCUCACAAACUGACGGAAUUCACCGAAAUUUUAAGCAUUUUCAAAUUUUCUUAUACAGUCAAAAUUGAAAAUAUCCAGGAACUAGUCGACAAAACGAUCCCCCAGCAUCCAUCGAAAAGCUUUAAUUUUAAAGACUAUCACAGAUUCAACAAAAUCAACUUACACAUGAUUCACUUGGCUAGAGAGCAUGAUAACGUGGAAUACAUUCCGAUAUGUUGUACAUAUAAAAAUUAUAUUAUUGGAGGCGUACACAUAAAGAAUGGUGAAGAAAAGCCUACAGUUUUCAUCGAGGGUGGCAUGCACGGCAGGGAAUGGAUUUCGCCGGCGACUGUCAUGUACAUCUUGCAAGCAUUAUUGACAAGCAAUGAUAUGCUUGUGAGACGUGUAGCUGAGAGUCAUAAUUGGUAUAUCUUUCCAGUACUCAAUCCUGAUGGAUAUGAGUAUACAUUUACUGACGACAGAUUAUGGAGUAAAACACUUCAACCGUCUAGUGCGAUCUGCAAUGGAUCGGAUCUUAAUAGGAACUGGGGUUAUUUAUGGAAUAAUUCUAAUACUAUUAAAAAUCCUUGCGCUGAAAAUUAUCCUGGAAGUAAGCCAUUCUCGGAAAGAGAAAUAGAAAGUAUAUCUAUAUUUAUGUCCAAACGGCGCAUUGACACAUACGUUUCGUUCCAAAGUUAUGGACAAAAAUUGAUGAUCCCUUACGCCUAUACGCUAGAACAUACUGUUCCCAAUUAUGAUUGGCUGAUGCGUAUCGCUACAGAAGCAGCCAACGUACUUAAAUGGCAACACGGUACCCAUUAUCAGGUUGGAACUGUUAGCAAUUUGACAGGUAUAGCAGACGGUACUAGUAUAGAUUAUGUCACACGUAUUCUGAACAAGCCCAUCGCGUUUGUCUACAAAUUGCGCGAUACAUCGCGUUACGGCUACUUGCUACCGCCUGAAGAGAUUGUUCCAACUGGAGAGGAGACUCUAAAAUCUCUUAUGACUUUAUUAUAUUAUAUAACUGAAAAGAUUUUAAAUUAAAUAUGCCAAAAUUUAAAAAAAAUGAAAAUUUACUCUUCAUGUAUUGUUAUUGCUCAUACAUUUUUAUUGACCAUAUAGCAAUAUUAUUUUUCCAUGUAAUCUAUCGAUAUUAUUUGUAGAUAAUGACAAAUAAACUACAAUAUUACGUUUUUAAUUAUA